UUAGUUUUUGCUUAUCAUGAGAGAAUAAGCAUUGGACAGAAGAAGAUGGCUUCACAGUUAUCUCUUUUCAUCAUUUUUGCUUUCUCGAUGAUCGCCAUUGAAGAAGCAAAGGUCUUUAAAAGAUGCGAGAUGGCCAAAAUUUUAGUCAGAAAUGGCUUUCCUAGACGCGAAAUUCCAAACUGGUUGUGUUUGAUAAGACACGAAAGCAAUUUCAAUAGCCGUGCCACGAACAGAAACAAAAACGGAAGCAAAGAUCACGGAAUUUUCCAGAUUAACGAUCGUUAUUGGUGCAGCCCUCCCGGACCCCACAACGACUGCAAUGUGAAAUGUUCGAGUCUGUUGGACGAUAAUAUCGCCGACGACAUGAGGUGUGCCAAGAUCAUUUAUAGAAGACAUAAAUUUAAUGCUUGGUAUGGCUGGAAGAAUCAUUGCAGAGGUAGAAAUUUGCAACAAUAUGUGAAAGAUUGCAAGUAUUAACAUAACUUCAAAAUAGUCAAAAUUUUUAAAAAG